GUGGCGUUCCAAGCCUUUAUUCAGUUGAACGUCAAGACCUCCGUAAAUCCGACUUCAGCUAUUAUCUUGACAUCUGCUUACGAAAAUGUGAAUGGUGAACCACAGAGAUUAAUGCAGACCACCCUGGUCCAUUCACUAGCCAUCCAUCUAUGGAUAGACGUUGAAACAAGGCUGCUUCCCGCACCGCCCCGUCCGCCACGGCCCGUCGUGUACAUAUUCGCGAACCUUCAUCGUAUCUGACCGUUGACACGGCGCCUCUCGUGGCGCAUCACUGCACAUCAUGAGUUCCGACAGCCUCUCAAACGUGACUUGGGACAAGACGGGGCCUCCGCCCACCAUGAGCAGGAGCCACCUUGAAAGGGUGAACACGGCCAUGCUGUCCUUGACUUCAUUGUUCUUUGUUUCGCGCAUCAUCGUUCGAGUUACCAAGCGCAAGCCCUUCGAAUUGCACGACUUCUUCUGCUGUUUCUCCUACAUUUGCUACGUUGCGAUGUGCGUCAUGUACUUCAAGGAGAAUGGCCCAUUGUACCGAGCGGAAAGCGUACAGAGAGGCGAGACAGCACCUUACCCAGAAAUCCUUCACGAUGCGGGAAUGGUUUAUCGGUGGCUGACCGCGGGUCAGCUGUUGUUCUACUCGACUCUCACCUUAGUGAAACUCUCACUAUUAACAUUGUACCGGAGGCUGCUGAGCCAAACUCCACACAAAUUUACCGUCGUGUGGUGGGGGAUUUUGGCGUUUUGCAUCUUGUCUUAUAUUGGAAGCUGCAUGACCACUAUCUUCGUAUGCGACGACCACAAAGCAAAGUACAACCAAGGCAUGUGUGCUAAUCCACGAGAACAAAAACGGGGGCAAGUCAGCUUGUGGUUUGCGUAUGCGGCCGACGUAGCUACCGAUCUUGCAGUAAUGUUUCUUCCAUUUCGCAUGACUUGGACGCUUCAGAUGCCCAAAAUAGAGAAGCUUGGUGUUUUCGUCCUCUUUGGCAGUGGCUGGAUAUGCAUUUUGUUUGCCACACUCCGUGUCGUUCAGGUCGGGGUCAAGGAUGGAGUGCCAAAGGCCCCAGAUCCGAAAUGGCUGCAGAUGUGGACUGUCAUCGAGACGUCGAUGGCGGUCAUCAUCGGCUGUGCUCCCGCCUUCGCAGCCAUUAUUCGUAGCCGUUUCGACACCCAGAACGGUUCUGAUGAUGCUAACGGAUCCGCUGAACGAUCAACAGACCAGAUCAAGAUGCAGAGUAUGGGAACUGAUCGUGCUAAUCCAUCAAAGCGCAAGGACGAUUUGCUCUGGAAUGAACCGCAUAAUGGGAGUGAAGAAGCAUUAGCAUAUGACGGCGGUCCCUUGACCGGUACAACAAUGAAACAACAGAAAAUCAGAUUAGGUAGACGGCCAAUCAAGAAGCCGAGUGCAUAAGUAAGAUCGGAGGUACAUUGCCAGAUCGACGACGGUCUAGGCGUGUGAUUCAGUUGUUAGCUUUGCCGAUACAUUCGAUGACUAAUGAACUCUCUGAAAUACACUGCAUGAAGCAUAGACCUCUGCCAUUAACACUAGUCUUUUUAAUAUUCGGAGUAGCCGAAGGAUUUGUCAGGAUCCGGUCACAAAGUUUGGCUGCAUGGGCUACUACAGUAUUUGCAUAGAGCGAGAUACUGUAUAGGGUCACCACUUCAGACGCGCAACGAAGUC